UCAUCAGCAGGACUAAUUAUCCACCAAUAUAAACAAAUCAAUAAUUUGUAUUUUAGAACGGUCUGUAUUUGGCCCUCAUUUGUUUUCUCUAAUAUAUGUUUUUUCAGUUUCAUUAUAAAAUGAGGACCACCAUCUCACCAGCAGUUUCCCCUGAACCUCAAAAGCAUCAUGACUUCUGCAGCAUCCAUCCACGGUCACCGCAGGAGGCUCUAGAAGUAGAUUACCUAAAAGACUUAAUUGCGUGGCCUGAAACUCCCCCAGUACCAUCCCCUUUUUCCUUCAAUGAGACCAGUGAUCCGGCUCACAGUACCUUCACCAUUCUCCCUCGGAGAGGAGGGCAGCAGUGGCGUGUAGGGGAUGAGCUGGAGGUGUUCAUAAAAAUUCAAGACUUCCAUGGUCGUCCCAAGAAGACUGGAGGAGAUGUCUUAGUGGCCCGGCUUCACAACCCUACUCUUCAGGCAGGUGUGGCCGGACAAGUGGUGGACCAUCACAACGGCAGCUACGUGGCUGUGUUCUCCUUACUGUGGGAAGGAAGUGCACAUGUUGAGGUCACCAUGGUCCACCCCAGCGAGGCAGUCACAGUUCUCCACAAACUGACCCACGAGCAGCCUAACAGGGUUUAUUUCCAAAGCCUCUUCCGAUCAGGUUCAAUCACUGAAACUACCACCUGUAAUGUGUGCCUUAAUGGACCUCAGGAGAAGCUAUGCAACUACACUGACCUCAUUACUGGUGAUCUGUGGUUCUGCUACAAACCAAAGAAAUUAACGUGUGAUGUCAGGGUCAAUCAUGCCAAAGGGGGAUUCAGACAAAAACUCAAGCCUAAGGAAGAUAAGCUCUUUCAAAGCAAGGUCAAUAUGAAAGUCUUCAUUCCUGCUUCUGGACCUGAAAACAUCACUGUGCUGCCAAAACUAAAAGAUCAGCCAGAGAGGAAAAGCUACAUUGUGAAGAUUGGACCUUCUGGGUAUUAUUAUCAGGGUGUGUGGCGAGCUCUCAAGGGUACCACAGUUCGCCAGUUCAACACCACAAUGAUGAGUCAGUGUCUGAAAGGCAAGGUGGUCCACUUUUUUGGAGACUCCACCAUCAGGCAGUGGUUUGAAUACCUGAACUCAAUAUUACCAGAUCUCAAGGCGUUUAAUCUGCACAGUCCGAAGCAAACAGGACCUUUCAUGGCCUUGGACUAUGCAAACAACAUUUUAGUGACAUAUCGCUGCCACGGACCCCCUAUCCGUUUUGGCAACGUCCCACUCAGUCAACUGCGUUACAUUGCCAAUGAAAUAGAACAUGUGGCUGGAGGCACCGACACUGUUGUAGUUAUUGGCAUCUGGUCGCACUUCAGCACUUUCCCUGUCGAGGUCUACAUCCAGCGGUUGCAGGGUAUCCGGAAGGCCGUGGUACGGCUGCUGAACAGGGCUCCAGGUACCAAGGUCAUCAUCCGGACUGCAAACCCCAAAGCUCUGACGCUCUACGAGACAUUGACCAACAGCGACUGGUACUCAAUACAGCGGGACAAGGUUCUGAGGGCUAUGUUUGAAGGAGUGAAAGUCCAUAUGGUGGAUGCAUGGGAGAUGGUCCUGGCCCACCAUCUGCCACACAAGCUCCACCCACAACCGCCUAUUGUCAAGAACAUGAUCAACGUUCUCCUAUCUUACACAUGUCCUUCAAAAGCAGUGGCGGGCGGUGCAUUUCACACUUAGGCCUUCAGUGAUGUCCAACUUAAUCAAUAAAUACCUUUCAUUAUGCCAGCAUUCAUAACACCGGGACUGGAGAGUAGUUAGAAAACACACUUAAGCACUACUCAGUUGUGUACAAAAUGGGCUAUUAUCCGGCACAUUUUGAAAAUCAACAAACCUGCAUCAGCAAUUAAAACAUAUCUAGUAAUCUACUGUCAAAACUUAAAGAUAAAAGGGUUUUUAAAAUUAACUUAAAAAAAAAAAAGCUUUAAACAAUGAUGAGAAAACUGGCUUAUAGGCUUCUGGCCUGUUGUUGCUGGUACAUCU